UAAUGCAGAUAUGGUGAUAGAGUUCAAUGAAUGUUGAUAGUUGAGUGAAAAUGGAAAACAAAAAUGGUAAUGAUAAUGGGUGUUGUUCCCUGAGUGAUUGUUUGGAAGAGCUUCUAAACUUCACUCUCAAUUCCCAAUCUCACCUUCUCAAUCUAUCAACCCAAUUCUGCUCCACUCUCCUCAAACGUGAUCCAUCCUCUUCUUAUCACUCACAUGAUUCUUUUGAAGGUGUUCCAUCAUAUCCUUUAUACAGCCGUCUUGCUUCAGCUCUGUUGAGGUGUAUUGAUUCUCAAGUGUUUUGUAAUACAAUCUCUUUAGACAUGAUGAACAAUGAAUUUGAAAAUUCUUCCAUGCAACAAAAACACAAUGAAUGGCAUAAGUUGAUUGUGGAGAAGGGAUCUGAAAUAGUGAAUGUUUUCAAGAGUGUUUCCUUUCAAAUUCAUGUUCAAGAGCCUUUUUUUACACAGCUAAAAGAUGGCCUGAAAACAAUUGAGGGGAGGUGUGCCACUGGCAAAUACACCAGGAUUGAAUUAGGAAAUCGGAUUCUCCUAAAUAAAUCUUUGGUGUUUGAAGUUCAGGGAGUAAGGUGGCAUCCUUCAUUCUUUGACAUGUUGACGACAGAAAGUCUUGGAGAAGUUCUUCCAGGAAUUGAAAGUGUCGAAGAAGGUGUAAAGAUCUAUCGGAGGUUUUACACAGAACAGAUGGAACAGACAAAUGGCGUUCUUGCAAUCACUGUUUCAAAACUCCCGGUUCAACCAUACACUUCUUUGGCUAGCUUAUUUUCUGGAUUGAGCUAUGAGGGUGUUCAAGGUCUUCUCGGUCUAAUGCAUACCACUGGGACAGUUCCUAAUGCACUUCCACCGCCAAGAUCAACUCUGUUAGCCUCAUUUAAUAUCCCAUGCAAUUUAAGUGAAAAUGCCUUGACUCUUGGAGCUCGGGCAUUGGCCAAGCAUGGAUGUAGGAGUAGCAGUGGUUAUUGGGGUUCUCUUGUUGGUAAUGGUGUUCACAUUUGGAUUGGUAUGGAGGACCAUAUCACAUAAACUCUAUUAUACAUUGACUAUUCAACAUAUCUAGCUUAGCUUGAUCAUCCAUGUUACAUGAGCUUAACAUUCAACAUUCUUAGCUCGGCUUGAUCGUCCACACACAUGAGCUCCACCUUCAACAUGCGUAGCUCAGCUUGACCAUUCAGGUCAUGCCUAGCUCAUCUCCAUUCUUUAGCAUGCCUAACUCGGCUUGAUCGUUUAGGUCAUAUGAGCUCGACCUUCAACGUGACUUGCUCUUUUUGAAGUCAUUGUCCAAGUAACAGUCUGAUCCCUCCUCUUGGAUGUAUCUCAUAACGUGCCAUGUGUCCUGCACGGACAAAUGACAUAAGUUGCCUUCCAUAACUCCACACGCCUUGUACGGACGAGCAGUGCAAAGGAAAAGUGAUCAGCUCCACGUGCUAUAAUACAUGUGCAGAUGAGCCAUAUGGACCUUAGAGGGUUAAUGGGCCUGAACAUCCAAAAGAGAGGCCUAUUAGGUCAAGAAAGUGAGGCCUAUAAAAGGAGACACUUAAAAAGCAGUAGGGGGAUUAAUUGAUUUUAGGCUAAACAUUGUAUUUUUACCUUAGUCAUUUUAGAGUAUUCUUGGAGCUCCUCAUAGACAACUCCACUAAAUAUCUAAUCUAUUGUAAUUCAUGUUUACAUACGUGAACAACAUUGUUUUAUGUAUCCUAUCUUUUUCGA